AUGCCACAAAUUGAACAGCAACCUUCUAACAUGCCACAAAUUGAACAGCAACCUUCUAACAUGCCACAAAUUGAACAGCAACCUUCUAACAUACCGCAAAUUGAACAGCAACCUUCUAACAUGCCACAAAUUGAACAGAGACCUUCUAACAUGCCACAAAUUGAACAGCAACCUUCUAACAUAUCACAAAUUGAACAGCAACAUUCUAACAUGCCACAAAUUGAACAGCAACCUUCUAACAUGCCACAAAUUGAACAGCAACCUUCUAACAUAUCACAAAUUGAACAGCAACAUUCUAACAUGCCACAAAUUGAACAGCAACCUUCUAACAUACCGCAAAUUGAACAGCAACCUUCUAACAUGCCACAAAUUGAACAGCAACCUUCUAACAUGCCACAAAUUGAACAGCAACCUUCUAACAUACCACAAAUUGAACAGCAACCUUCUAACAUGCCACAAAUUGAACAGCAACCUUCUAACAUGCCACAAAUUGAACAGCAACCUUCUAACAUAUCACAAAUUGAACAGCAACAUUCUAACAUGCCACAAAUUUAA